GUGGCGCUGCUUCCCCGAGCUGAGCGACCGCAGGGCUGUCGGCAGGCCUGACCUCUCGCCCUAGCUCGUUUCUCUGCAGGUCUUGGCCUUGACAGGUGCAGGUGUCCGCGCCUGUCGUGGACGCAUUCUGACCCGGGCCCUUCCUCUCUCUGGAGACUGCCUAUGGCUGGGGACCGAGUGAGGUCGUUGCCUUGACGACGGCAGCAUGCGGCCCGCGGUCCUCGGAAGUGUGAGCUUGUGGAGGGCAGAAGCCAAUCUGCCUCUCUACCUGCUCCACCUAGGACCCGUAACUGCGUCCCCAGAGAAAAUCCCAAUACUGGAAUUGCUAGUUUGCUAGUCAGCAUCUUUUAGAUCUGCUAGCGAGAUGCAUAUCACCUCCAAUUUGUUUCCAAGUUGAAAACCUUUGGCUCUUUCUAUGUGAAGGGUUUGGAAGAAAUACAAGAGAAAUUCCUACUGGUUUUAAAUCAAAAUGGAAAAAUAUGAGAACCUAGGAUUGGUUGGAGAAGGGAGUUAUGGAAUGGUGAUGAAGUGUAGGAACAAAGACAGUGGAAGAAUUGUGGCUAUUAAGAAGUUCUUAGAGAGCGAUGAUGACAAAAUGGUUAAGAAAAUCGCUAUGCGAGAAAUCAAGUUACUAAAGCAACUGAGGCAUGAAAAUUUGGUGAAUCUGUUGGAAGUAUGUAAGAAAAAAAAACGUUGGUACCUAGUCUUUGAAUUUGUUGACCACACGGUUCUUGAUGACUUGAAACUAUUUCCAAAUGGACUAGACUAUCAAGUAGUUCAAAAAUAUUUGUUUCAGAUUAUUAAUGGAAUUGGAUUUUGCCACAGUCACAAUAUCAUACACAGAGAUAUAAAGCCAGAGAAUAUAUUAGUCUCUCAGUCUGGUGUUGUAAAAUUAUGUGACUUUGGAUUUGCACGGACAUUGGCAGCACCUGGAGAGGUCUACACUGACUACGUGGCCACCCGAUGGUACCGAGCUCCAGAACUGCUGGUUGGUGAUGUCAAGUACGGCAAGGCUGUUGAUGUCUGGGCCAUUGGCUGUCUGGUCAUUGAAAUGCUCAUGGGGCAACCCCUAUUUCCGGGAGAAUCUGAUAUUGAUCAGCUGCAUCAUAUUAUGACAUGUUUAGGUAAUUUAAUUCCAAGACACCAGGAGCUGUUUUAUAAAAACCCUGUGUUUGCCGGAGUAAGAUUGCCUGAGAUUAAAGACACAGAAACAGAACCCCUCGAGAACCGUUAUCCCAAGCUCCCUGAAGUUGUGAUAAAUUUAGCAAAGAAAUGCUUGCAUAUCGACCCGGACAAAAGGCCCUUCUGUGCUGACCUUCUACACCAUGAUUUCUUCCAAAUGGAUGGCUUUGCUGAGAGGUUUUCUCAAGAAUUGCAGUUAAAAAUAGAGAAAGAUGCCAGGAAUAACUCUUUACCCAAAAAAUCUCAAAACAGAAAGAAAGAAAAAGAUGAUGCCUUAGGUGAAGAAAGAAAGACGCUUGUGGUACAGGAUACCAAUGCUGAUCCCAAAAUCAAGGAUUCUAAAGUGCUUAAAAUAAAAGGGUCAAAAAUUGAUGGCGAGAAAUCUGAAAAAGGAAGUAGAGCUUCAAAUGCCGGCUGUCUCCAUGACAACGGGACAAGCCACAUCAAAGGCUUGCCCUCCACAAGCCUCAGAGACUGCAGCAAUGUCAACGUUGAUCACCCAAGAAAUCCAGGCAUGGCGAUUCCUCCACUCACACACAAUCUUUCUGCAGUUGCUCCUGGCAUCAAUGCUGGAAUGGGGACUAUUCCUGGAGUACAGAGUUACAGAGUGGAUGAGAAAACUAAAAAAUACUGUAACCCAUUCGUUAAACAAAGUCAACCUUCUCCAUCAGGGAUUUAUAAUAUGAACGCGGCCACAUCUGUCUCUAGUGAAAAGUACCUCCUUCAGGCAAAUAAGAAAAGGAAGGAAUAUUCCAAAGCAGAUGUGCGAUUGCCUGAACUAAACUAUAAUCAUCUCCCUGAACUGAGAGCUCUAGAAGGAAUAGCUCGAAAUUCUAGGCUAAUAAAGAAGGAGAACAAAUCUCUUUCAGAAUCUCGCAUUCCCUCUCUGGCCGCUAUUGACCUGCAUGCAUCCAGUAUUGCGUUACACCAGGGAGCAGGAUCGCCCCUGUCUGAUGAUUCUGAGGGUGAUUUGCCUCGGAUGGAACACCAGCACUGAGACCCACUUAACCUGAACAGGAUGCUGCUAGCACUGAGAUGACGUCCUCUUGCAACUGAUGCCCUAGAAGAGAUCUGCAGUUUGACUGUUUCUUUCUCAACUACCUACAUUUUCUAAGAAAGGCUUUGCAGAAGAAGACAAGACAGACUUCCAAAUAUUUCAAAGGAAGAUUGAACAAGUGCCCCCCCCUGCCGUUAUCCCUUCACCUUUCCAACCUAUUGAUGCUAUUUCAAGAUAUAUCCAUGAAAGAAUAGUGAUAUGGUUCUUGUUACAUGAGUGUGUAUUUGAUAUUAGUUAGAUUGUGUAUUUAAAGUUAUCUGAGAUUAAAAGAGUAAAAAAGGGAAAGAAUCAUUAUAAAAGGUCAUGUUUUUGUGCAUUGAACUUUGCAUAUUAUCUAUAUAAAUGUUUACAGUUGAAGAAAAUAAAACAAAAGCUAGGCUCUGUAAGAGAAAAGUUUCCUUUACCUUAACUGUAAGAACACAUUUAAAAAGCUUGCUUCUAGGCAUUAAGAUGGUGUGUGACUGCUGUCUAAGGUUAGAUGUGUCUUUGUUUUCUGUCGUGUUGAUGUGCAGUCAGUGUGGAAUGGGAAUCAGGUCUCUUCUGAUCUAAGUACUGACUGAUGUAAACCAGGCAGAGAAUCCUGUGUCUAAUGACUUGGACUGGCUGGUCCUCUGUAAGAGAGAUUCUGGUGCUAAUGCUCCGUGUGGAAGGACAUGACUAGAAUGAUGUGGAGGAGAGUUUUGUAGCUACACCUUGGAGUUAAGAACUGAGCUUCUCCCUGAGGAAAAAGGUAUACAAAGUAAGGGGUGGUGUACAGCUGCCUAGUAAUCGAGCUAGUUCUCCUGGGAGGCCACUUGCUAUUGAGUCACUCAACUGGAGAGGCUCUGAGGAAGCUUUUAUGAACUCCAGUCUUGUCUAUGACAGUGGUUGUAGUUACAUGAUAAUGGUUAUGAUGGAGGUUGAUAGUGGAUUCAACCCACAAACAUUAUUACUAUUGCCUUGUUACCGCAAAUACUUAGGUUUACCCAAAUCCUUUUACAAAGAUGCAUAGUUAUUUGCCUGCAUUCCACAUAAGCUGAUGAACAGGUUUACAAGCUUUUGGGUGGGAGGAUAAGACCAGUAUGACUCCAGGGUCUUGACUUCUGGGUUUCUAGCCAUGGCCCACAUUUAUCAUUUGAGAACAUAGUUCUUCAGGGGGCCAGAAUUUGUGUAGGUUUUUUGUAUCUAACUAUCUAAUAUGUUGUUGUUUUUUCUUUUUUUUCAAAAGCCACUGACUAGAACUUAGCCUAAGAGUUGAACAAGAAUUCGUCAUUACCCUGGGGGACUUAAAAAUGAAAUCCUAAACUUGGACACUUGGGACGUCAAAGGAGUAGACAUUCAGGAGGAGACAAAAUAAAAGGUUCCAACAUAAAAGUCUGUUGGUAGUAGUUAAAUUAAAUUUUCAUUUUUAUUAAUAGACUGUGUUUUAAACCUCUUGCCAUGGGUUUGCCUGGAUUUUAAGACUAACAUGCUGAUGAAGUCUCUAUGUCACUAGAGUUAGGCUUUCUACUAAAAUACCAUUUUUUUUUACUUAUACUGUGACAUUGAAAAAUAUUGCCAGCAGACAGCAGCAUGGAAAGCAGACAGUACUUAACGCUGAGGGCCCCUAGUUCAUUCAGUGCUAUUUCCAUGUAAAAGCCAAUAGGAAACAUUAGCUUGAAGACCGAGGGAGCUCCAUUAGCUACCUUAUAAUUUGUGUACUUGAGUUUGGUAUCUUUGGCCUAUUAGGACACUUUGUGAACUUUAGAAUUAAGGAAGUAAAAAUCAUUUCCUAAGUCCUCAUUGAUAUUUGAAGAUCAUAUUUUAUUAGAGCUUCAGUGUGGAACUAAAGAACUAAAGAUUAUUCAAAUCAAGUCUGUAGGUACUGACAAAAAUAAUACCUUUUUUCAAUUUGUGGGUAUUUAGUCCCUUCUUACAAGAAUGCAAUUCAUGUGAACAUGCUAAUGUGAAAUUAUUUUAAGUACUUUUGGGAGACGAUGGGCUUGCUGUACCUACCUAUGUUUUAAAAUGAAUAAAUAUUGUCUAAGCACGAUAAAUGGCUUUAAUUUGUGUUAAUUAAAAGAUUACAAAUAAUAUACAUACCACUAUAUGGUAUUAAUAAAUACAAUUGAAAUAAUCA